AUGCCCCUGAGCAUCGUCGUCAUCGGAGCCGGGCUGGGUGGACUCGCCGCCGCCCUCUCGGUCAAGCAAGAGUCGCCCGACCAUGAUGUCCUCAUCGUGGAAUCGGCUCCCGUCCUAGCCGAGAUCGGCGCAGGUCUUCAACUCACACCGAAUGCCACACGGCUGCUUCUCAGAUGGGGACUCAAGCCCUUCCUUGAGGAGCUGGCGAGCAGCCCGGAAGAGUUCCUUGUCCGCCGAUUCGACGGCCGCAAACUUCUCGGCGAGCGCCAGAACUUUGCCGCCGAGAUGCUCGACAAGUAUCAGUCUCACUACUGGGAUAUGCACCGAGCCGAUCUACAGUUCGCAAUGUUUGAGCGGGCAAAGAGCCUUGGGGUCCGCUUCCAAUUUGGCACUCUGGUGACGGAUGUGGACCUUGCCAUCCCACAGUUGACAACCGAUAAGGGUGGUAAGAUCACCGGAGAUCUGGUGAUAGCUGCAGAUGGACUCUGGUCCAAGACCCGAUCCAAGGUUCUCGGUAGGCCCAGCCAUCCCAUAGCCACGGGGGAUCUCGCGUAUCGCAUUGUCCUCAAAUCCGAAGAUAUCCAAGAUCAGGAGCUGCUCGACUUCAUGAACAAGCCCCGGGUGUGCUUAUGGGUUGGCCCAGAAUGCCACGCCAUCUACUACCCCCUCAGGAACAACACCAUGGCCAACAUUGUCCUUCUGGUUCCGGACAAUCUGCCAGACAAUGUGGCCAAGAUGCCAGGUGACCUUUGCGAAAUGAGGGAGAUUUUCGACAAGUGGGAUCCGCUGCUGCAAAAGUUUCUGUCCCAGGUCAACAAGAUAGAGAAAUGGAAGCUGAUGCAUCUUGACGAACUGGAGCGCUGGUACAACGAAGAAGCCACCGUCGUAUUCCUGGGCGAUGCUUGCCACCCGAUGCUGCCGUACAUGGCACAGGGAGCUGGCUCUGCCCUGGAGGACGGGGCCGCGUUGGGCAUCCUCUUUUCAAAGGUAAGGAACAGAGAGCAACUGCCUGACGCUCUGAAGACGUAUCAAGACCUGAGAUCUGCGAUCCUUGGCAAAGGGGGAGUCAAGAGAGAGGAUGGCCCCGAGCAAGAAGCGAGGGAUAAGCUUGCAGAAUCUCAACUCUACGACCAGCAGCCUGGAUAUCCAUUCUACUGGAUUGAUCCAGGGGCACAAGACUUUGUUUAUGGAUAUGAUGUUAUCGCCGAGUUGAAGAAGAUUGGGGUCGAGCCCGCAACGCACAACCCAUCAGGUUAG